AUGGAGGCAAUUCUGACCACAGCAGAUUACGGAUACUCAGCAACAUCGUAUGGUGCUCAGGGCGGUAAUGAAGAUGGCGGUUUCAUGGCCGGUAGCCAGGACAGUCCCAGCGCAAAGAAAUCAUACGGCAAGGAAACGCUACGCCCCGUCACAAUCAAGCAACUGCUCGAAGCCGAACAGCCUGACAGCGAGAACUUUGCCAUCGACGGCUCAGAGCUGACCACAAUCUCGUUUGUUGGCCAAGUCCGCAACAUCAGCAAGCAAACCACAAAUAUCACCUAUAACCUAGACGAUGGCACCGGCACCAUCGAAGUCAAGGUCUGGAUCGACAUGGAGACAGCUCAAAAUGACGAAGAGGGUGGAGCAAAGGCCGGUGUGGUCGAGAAUGCAUACGCUCGCGUCUGGGGCAAGCUCAAGACUUUCGGCAAGCGUCACGUCGUCGCUCAGCAGAUACGUCCCAUUACCGACCUAAACGAGGUCAACCAUCACAUGCUGGAAGCUACCUACGUCCACCUCUUCUUCACACGCGGUCCUCUGGGAGCACAACAACAAGGCCAACAAGGACAAGGCGCCUCCAACGGCGGUCAGUUCAAUGCUGGUGGCACUCUUCCCGCUGGUGUGUCGAGUCACGCCAGAAAGGUCUUCCAGUGCAUGCAAAACACCCCUCAGAUCAACGAGGGUCUCCACGUGCAGGAUAUGGCCAGCAGAACCGGCAUGGAUAUUGCCGAUGUGCUCAAGGGAACAGACGAGCUCCAAUCCAUGGGCAAGAUCUACAAUACCGUCGACGACCAGACUUGGUGCUUGCUUGACAUGUAA